AUGGUCGUGUCGAGACCUGAUGUUGCCCCGUGGGUGCUGUGCGGUGUGUACGCGAGCACGGACCAUAGGGUUAGGAGAGUCCUUUGGCAGGAGAUCACCAACCUAGCCGCCCAGGGUAUCCCGACGGUUGUGGUUGGUGAUUUCAAUUGCAUCCAGUGUGAGAAUGAGAAGCGGGGGGGCGCUGCCUUUACUGAUAGAGUGGAUAGGAGGGAGUUCCGUGAUUUUGUGUCGCGGAAUGGCCUGGUAGACUUAGGUUUUUCGGGACCACAGGUCACUCACCUCCCUCGGAUUGCCUCGGAUCACUGCCCUCUGCUACUUUCUACCUCAUCGAGUCCCACCCACCAUAGCCCCUUCCGCUUUGAGAAGGUUUGGCUGUCGUACCUCCAGUCUUGGGAUAUUAUCCGCGACGCAUGGCAGAUCCCGGUGCACGGGGAUGCCAUGCAGCGGGUCUCGCGCAAACUUGAGUUGACCAAGAGGCGCUUGCGCCGUUGGAACCGCGAGGUUGUGGGUAACAUUUUCCGGCGUUUGGAGGGGAUAGAGACCUCGAUCGCUGAGCUGCAAAGGAAGGAAGACCUAGGGGGCGUGCUUCCGGAGGACGAUAUGGUUGACCUUCGGAGCCUACUUGCGACUCACCAUUCGCUGCUACGGCAACAUGAGGUCUUCUGGAGACAGAAAUCUCGUGUGCAGUGGGUAAGCGAGGGUGAUCGUAAUACAAGCUUCUUUCAUCGGACGACAGUUAUCCGGAGACGACGGAGCAUGAUCCAUUCCCUGCGCGAUAGGUCCGGCCAUCGGGUGGAGGGUGAGCCUGCCAUUCGACAGGUCUUGCUUGAUUUUUUCCGCGCUAGAGGGACAGAGGAUGAGGAGGCCCAUGAUGGUCACUACCCUCUCAGGGUGGACGUGGGUAUUGGUGAGGUUGAGUGUGCAUCCCUGAUCCGACCAGUGAUGGCACAGGAGGUGCAUGAGGCGGUCUGGGCCUUGGCAGCUGACAAGGCCCCGGGACCCGAUGGUUUCCCCCCUUUCUUCUUCCGGCGGUAUUGGGGUAUUAUCCGACCAGCAGUGGUGGAGGCCAUCCAGUGCUUCUUCACCCAGGCAGCGAUCCCUGAGGAUUGGAAGGCCACCUUCAUCACGCUUAUGCCUAAGCGCCAGGAUGCGGCUGAGCCUUGUCACUUUAGGCCCAUUAGCCUGUCCACAACCUUAUACAAGGUUGUGGCAAGGAUUUUGGUGGGCAGGAUGAAGCCCCUUUUACUUGGCAUCAUUAGUCAGGAACAGGGGGCCUUUGUAGCUGGUAGAAAUAUUUCUCAUAAUGUUAUGUUAGCCCAGGAAAUGAUGUGGGAUCUUCGGCGGGCAUCGAAGCGGCACAGCUUGAUGGCAGUCAAGCUGGACAUGGAGCGGGCUUACGACAGGAUCAGGUGGAGUUUUCUCCAGCGGGGAGCGUGUGCCAGCCGAGAGCUGGAGGCCUAUGUGCCAGCACCGGGGGCUCGCCCUAUCUCCCAUUUACUCUUUGCUGAUGACUGUCUUCUCUUGGCCAGGGCACGGAUUCCAGAGGCACGGGUCCUACGCAGGGUGGUGGCAGACUAUUGCGUGGCAUCCGGUCAAAGAGUGAACUUCCUCAAGUCUGCCAUUUUCUUCAGCCCCAGCACAGAGAGCGGAGUCAGACAGGAGAUCAGAGGGAUACUGCAGGUACCGGAGCAGGAGGGGACGCUGACCUACCUUGGCGUCCCUAUCACGGGUCGGAGGCUACGGGUGGCCGAGUGCUUGGGCUUGGUGCAGCGGGUCCAGAGCAGGCUGGAGGGAUGGAGGGCAUCCUCCCUAUCCAUGAUGGGGAGAGUGACAUUGGUCAGAUCAGUGCUGGGAUCUAUUCCGGUGUACCUUAUGGCCAACACAGUGGUACCGAAGACGAUUCUGCUGAGAAUCGAGCGCCUUCUUCGGAGCUUUCUGUGGGGGUCAUAUAGUGGAGGCCAUGGAGUGCAUCUGGUAGCUUGGGAGCAGGUUUGCCUUCCUACUAGCGAGGGUGGUCUAGGGGUGCAGUCCCUCAUUGAGAGGCGUGAGGCACUCAUUGCCCGGCACGCGACCCAGUUUAUGUUAGUGCCACACAGCUUCUGGAGUCAGGUGAUGGCAGCUAGAUAUGGUCGGGGGGCUUCAGCAGCAGCACGGACCGGUCGUCGAGUCUCCUUCAUGUGGCGCGAGAUCGGGAGGUACCUGCCAUCAGUUGCAGCACAUACCAGGUGGUUGAUCGGCGAUGGCCGGAGUAUUGAUGUGACCAGUGAUGCGUGGGUGGACACCCUUCCCCUGAGUCGCUGGCCGACCAUGGUUGAUACAGAGGCAGUGGAGGGGCUACGGGUGUGCGAUCUCCUAGUACCAGGAGAGGCAGAGUGGGAUGAGGCCAGGUUACGGCUGUUCUUCGGGGUACACCUAGCUGUGAGGAUUCGGUCCCUUCCGCUACCAGGAUGUGGGGGGCCGGAUGUCAGAGUUUGGGGCACUUCGAGCCGGGCCGGUGUUAGACUGGGAGACCUCUCCCGCGCCAUUCAGCCAGAGCACAAGCCGGGGUCAGAUUGCGCUUGGAUCUGGAGGUCCGGCCUCCACCCGAGGGCAGCUCUCUUUUUGUGGAAGGUGUUCUGGGACCGCCUUCCGACGAGAGCAGUGCUGAGCAGGCGUGGCUGGGGGAUCCCUGCGGAGUGCGGGACGUGUGGAGCUGAGGAGAUAGUGGACCAUGUGCUCUUUCAGUGUACUUGGGCGAUGUCGACAUGGCAGUGGACAGGGAUCCCGCAGGGGGCCCGAUGUGCGCGAAUACAGUUCCUUAGUGUGACGCGGCAGUGGCUAGCUAGUCCGCAGACUCAUGAGGAGGGCAUCAGAGCGACUUGCACAGCCCUUCAGAUCUAG